AUGGAUUUUGACCAAACUCAAGCAAUUGAUUUAGAGUUUUCUGAUGAUGAAGACAAAAAACAAGAAGAAAAACAACAGGCAUUAUCAAAACAACACGCCUUAGUCGAAAUCAACAACUUCUCAGCUCUGGUAUGUGAUCUUGGAAGUCUGAAUAAAACGAGGAAAGGAAAAUCUUACGUUCACAAGGAUUUGGGUUCUGAUACUGAGUCCGAGUCGAUGUUUCCAGUUCAAGAGCAUCAGAAACUUCCACGAAAUGAAACGGACAAGUCCAUAGAAGUAGAGAAGACUGUGGAAGAAGGAAACCUUCAUAAGUCCAUAGAAGUAGAGAAGAAUGUGGAAGAAGAAAACCUUCAUAAGUCCAUAGAAGUAGAGAAGACUGUGGAAGAAGAAAACUUUCAAUUGGUGGCUGGUAACAUUUCUAAGCAAGAUAUACGUACCGAGUCAGAAGUUGUCAGUGCUAGUGAUUGUGCUUUAGCAACAGGGAGGUAUCUAGAAGAGAAAAGUGGUUUUAAAGGAAUUGAUGAUGAUACUUUAACAAUAGCAACCACUCAGCCGUUUCAACCUGAUGAUGAAGAUGAAAGUAAUAAGAUUGCCAUGAUGACGACAGAAACCCAGCCAUAUCGAGGGGAUGGCGUUGACGAAGAUGAUGAUGAAACUGGGUUGAUGAUGGCAGCCACUCAGCCGUAUCGAGGAGAGAGUAUUGCCGAUGAUGAUGAUGAAACUGGGUUGAUGAUGGCGGCUACUCAGCCCUAUCAAGGAGAUAGCAUUCCUGAACAUGAUGAUGAAAUUGAGCUGAUGAUGGCAGCCACUCAACCUUAUGAAGAUGACAGCGGUAAUGAACACAAAGAGACAACUACUCAGAAGGCUGUUGUAAGUCAGCCAGCUAAAACUGAAACUUUUAAUAAAACAGAGGUGAUGACGGAACCCACUCAGGUAUACCAGGAUGAUGAUGAUGAUGAUGAUGAAACAGACAUAGAAAAUUCUGGUGCAAAUGAUGAAAUCUUGGAAAUGGAAACUCAAGCUUUUGAUGACGAUAUUAAUUAUAAAGAAACAAAAGUUAAUGAAGUUUUGACAACUAAAGAACCUUAUGCUGAUCAGGUUAAAGCUGUUCUCGUUCCAACAGCGGGAAGAGAUGCUUGUAACACCAGAAAUACGAAUUUUAAUGCUGGCUUAGAUUUUCUUGAGGAGAGUGAUGAUGAUGAUGAAAUACUAGAUACACCACCACAAGCCUGCACAUCUCCUGCAGAGGAGAAGGAUGGCUCAGAUAUAAACUUUAAGAUAAAUGCUAAUUUUAAGGAUCAGAAACAAUCUCUUAUUGGAGGUGUGGAAACGGACAUUGGCCCCACACUGCUGAACUGUACUUCAUUAAUAGAAGAUUCAGUAUCAAAACAAGAUGAAACAUUUACUGAAAGUAUUCUGUGUCCUGCUACUCAGAAAAAACCUGGAGUAGACACUGAAGAUGAUGAAGAUGGCUUUGAGGAAAGAAUACAGACGCUACCUUAUGUUGAAGAACUAAUGGAUAAAGAAGACGUAACCACUCUUGUUGCAGAAACUCCUCCACGGAUUACAGAAUCGAAAGAUGAACCCAUUUUUGUUGUUUCGCCAAGCUCAUCUAAUGACAGCUUUAUUCAAACUGAUGGUCAUCUAUCUGCAUUGGAGAAAACAGAUAAAGGACUUGUGGAAACUAAGCCAUUAAAGUCAAAAUCCUCGACAAAUAUUUUGUCAAGAGAAGAAAACAAAGAGGAGUUGAAUAAUGUAAAACUGGACUCAGUAAAGGAGUCUGUGUUAGGCCAUAAUCAAUCUUGCACUAAGGUCUCUAGAAAGGAGGACAUUCUAACUGAAAACUCUCGUUCUGAGAGUGAAAUACAGAAGUUGGGAACUCACACCGUAUCUGUAAGAACUGAAACAAGAACUUCCAAGGAGACACUGGAAGACGAAGUAGUAGAUUUCGUUAAAAUUCAGAUGAAAAACAUACUGGAAAAAAGUAUGAGAGAAGAUGAAACUAUGGAGGAUAAAGAAGAGAAGACCAACGGAGAUGACCAGAACUUAAAUGGUCAAGAAGAAAGAAUUAUGGGGGAACAUAAAGUAAUGACGGAAGAAAGUGUUAAUGUUUAUAGCUUGAAAUUUGGCCAGUCUGACGUGACUGCAAGUUUACCAGUGCAAUGGAAUAAAGAAGAAAACAAACUAAACCAGGAAAUGGACUUCAAAAAUACAUUUUCUAACACCAACAAUGAAAAUAAUAUCACCUCACUUGAAUCGGGAAAAAGACGAGGAAAACGAGGAAGUAGGAAAAGUAAAACUAACGUUGUUCAGGAAGAGGAACUGGAAAACAGUCGUACUACUAACACAAACACUGAAACUCUCAACACAUCACGUGAAUCAGGAAAACGAGGAAGUAGGAAAAGUAAAACUAACGUUGUUCAGGAAGAGGAACUGGAAAACAGUCAUACUACUAACACAAACACUGAAACUCUCAACACAUCACGUGAAUCAGGAAAACGACGAAGUAGGAAAACUAAAACUAACGUUGUUCAUGAAGAAAGCAACCAGCGAGGAAAACAGGAAAAAGAAGAACAGGAUGAACAAUCUUCAUGUGUAACCACCUAUGACUUUGAUUUACAAGUUACAGAAACAAAAAGGAGUAGGAGAAGCAAAGCCUUUGUAACAAAAGUGGAUCAGAAAAUGAUUGUAUCUGAAAGUGACCAGGAUACAUCCUGUACUGAGACAGCAAAACAUGCCCAAAGUUUAGUAACAAAAAAAGGAAGAGGAACAAAAACACAAGAAAAUAGAAUCAACAUUUCUUCAGAACCUUUUCUUUCAAACAAAAGAAGAAAAGUUACAGAAAAUAUAAAAGUUGAGAGCAGUGAUAAGGACGGAGACAAAGUUGUUAACUCUGAUGAAACGAUAAUUGAGGAGGGUAUAAAACACUCAAGUAAAAUAAAAACAAAGGUUUCUGGUCUUUCGGCUGCUGCUGAGAUCACUAGUUCAGCCCCCAUGGAUGUGGUAUCUAUCUCAAAUCUUUCCAGUGUAGCAACAAGGUCUAGAUUAAGAAAAGGGAAAGCCAAAAUCGCUAGUGGUGGUCGAAGUGGAGAAGAAGGAAAUGAGGCUCACGAGAAAAUGAAAAACCUUUCGCCGAAUGCAGAAAAUAACAAAUCACGAAAAGUAACAAGAGACAGAACUGAAAUUGAAGGUAAUAAAAUUAGCAGUAGUUUUGAAAGUGUAAAUACAGAUUUAAGACAAGAUCACGAUGAAUCUGGACAUAAAAAUGAUGGUGAUGCACCAGUUCUACAAUUGGAAAUACAGUCUAGAACGAGGGGCACAAGGAAGUCGGCUUUAAGAAGCAGACGGUCGGAUGUUAAAGAAUUUAAUGAAAUCAGUGUCGUAGCAACUGGAAAAAGACAUCUCAAAAAUCAAACUGACAGUUUGGUAGAUGUGGAUGAAUAUACUGAACCACAUGCAAUGCACAAAAGGUCAAGAAAAAAUGUUCUGACAUCUUCCACUACGAGCAGUGAAACAUUUUUGGAAAAAACGGAAAGUAAAGGCACGAAUCGAGCCGUUAUAGAUCUGGAAACUUCAUCCAAGCACACUAGAUACUCAGAUAACUUAAAAUGUGAAAAACAGAGAGAUAACCUGAUUGCUGAUGAAGACUACCGACCUCAAAAUGAAGAAAAAUCUGUUUGUAAUGAUUUCCUUGAGCCUGUUGAACAUAGUGAUACUAAGGGAAGAUCUAAGAGAAAGAGAACUCAGCAAGCAUUAGCUGACUCAUCCCCUUGCGAUACUUCAAUACUCAAUAACUCUUCAGAAGUAAAGAACAGAAGGAAAGAUUCCAAAGUAAAAAAUGAACUUGAAACAAGUUCUGAAGUGUCUGAGUUGUGUGUGAUGGCAAAGAGAAGUGGAAGAGAAAAAAGUGUCGACGAUAGUGAAACUUCUUCAAUUUCUAUUCAGAAACGAGAAAAGAAACAGAAAAGAUCUAAGCUAAAUGUAAACGAUAGAAAUACUAUCGAAGAAAAAAAACAUCCAAACGUGACUUCUUCGACUCCAGCUAAGAACACCAGCUCAACAGAUGACAAAAUUACAGAACUUAAUGUUAAACCUAGUCGAGAUAUAUCUGCCAGACUGUCCCCUAGAAACAAAAGAAAGCAAAGUUUGACUACUUCAGCUAUUGAUGUUACCGAAUCAGAUAAAUUCUUAGCAAGCAAUUCUGAAUCCCUCGGACCAUCUCCUCGAAGAAAUAGAUUAGUUAAGUUAUUAAAACCAAAGGUGAUGUUUACAGGACUGGAUGAUGAUGUUGGAAAAAAGAUCGUUUCUUCCCUAGACUGGGAUCUCAUGGACUCUGUCAUGGAGUGUAGCCAUCUGGUGACAGAUAAGUUCCAUCGCACGGUUAAAACUCUUUGCUGUGUUGCCAAGGGAACACCAAUUGUAAGCACAGGAUGGCUAAAGAAGUGUAAUGUAUCGGGAUCAUACAUAGAUUACAUUCCUUACAUCAUAAAAGACAAAAAGGCAGAAAAACAUCACAAUUUCAACUUAGCUGAAACGUUGAAAAAAGCAGCUGAACAGCCACUCUUGUCAGGUUGGAGUGUACACGUGACACCGAAAGUUGUACCUGAUCCUGAUCAAAUGAAAGAGAUUAUUCUUUGUGCUGGAGGAAAAUUUGUUCAAAACAUGCCCACUCGACUAGCUCCUCGUCUAGUUAUCAUCUCAACUCAAGAAGAUGCAAAACUUUUGAAACAUGCCAUAAAAUGUGGGAUUCCAGUAGUGGAAGCAGAAUUUAUUCUAACUGGGCUUCUUCGCUAUGAGUUAAACACUACCGUUUUUUCAUUGAAGGUUUAGAAAUUCCACACUACCCCCUCUUGGCUAGUUUGUGUGGACGUAUUGCAACAGAAGAAUCCUUGUGGCUAGUUCACAUGGACGUAUUCCAACAGAAGAAUCCUUGUGGCUAGUUCACAUGGACGUAUUCCAACAGAAGAAUCCUUGUGGCUGGUUCGUGUGGAUGCAUUCCAAAGGAAGAAAUCAUGAAACCAUCUAAUACAUUGGUUUCCUAUCAUACCACAAAAAAUAUAUUUUAUAUUUUAAUGAUGAGGAAGUGUACAUAGGAAAGUUGUGAAAAGUUUUUUUUUACAUUUAUGUAUACAAUUAGUGUAAGGAUUACAUUUUCCCCGUGGUACGGCAGGGGGGAUAUGGAGUUGCCGUACAUUUAUUCAAAUAAUUGUACUUGAAGUGUUUUCCUCCUUCACUAGAAAGAGAAAAAAUUCCAUACAGUUUUUUAAACAUUACACAUUUCUUCGAGAGAUGGUGCUGCUGUAUUCUUUGUUUCAAACUAUUAUCAGUUUUAACUAAGAUAUUCCAGAGCACACAGAACCAACAGAAAAAAGAAUGAAAGUUAGUAUCAGAGAGGAAGAAACCCAAUAACCCCUUUGUCGUCAGGAGUAUAGGGCUCGGGUUAUUCAUUUUUUUUUUCUAGUUGUGAUUGUAUUCUCGGUAACAUCUCAUUUGUAAAGAUAACAUCCAGUCUUUGUCCCAUUUGUUUUUUGUGUAAUAUAGUAAAUACUAGAGCGAAGAUUAAUUUUGUAUUUAAUUAAAAUAUAAACAGGGUUUCUAAUUAAAAAAAAUAUAAAGGACAUAACAAACGGAAAUCAGAUACUUUGAAAGAAUAUUAAAAGUGCUUGAAUUAAAAAAAAAAGUGAAGUCUUUUUGAGGACUUUCCUGAAGAUGGCAGCACAGUUGCAGCCAAAGCAUGGGAUAAAACUAAUAAUAAUUAGUUUCUAGUUAUAUAUAUGUAUAUGCAUAUAUAAAAUAUUUAAUGAUCAAUAAUUGAACUUAGGUGAUCAUAUAGGUUACUAUCUAUAUCAAGGAGUGAAACAGAUGAUGAAACAUGCUUUCAAAGUUGAAAUCACCGUGUUCAAUGUUUUUGGAAUGCCAGUUUCUUGAUCCUGACAUUUCAAAACCAUAAGUUGUGUUCCCAGACUACAAGAGCCUUUAUCGUAUUUAUAAUCUUGAAGAUAUUUAAUUGUGUCUUUUAACGCUAAAGUUUUUAAGGAAACAAAGUUUCUGUAAAAUAUUUAGUUAGAUGGAGAUCUGUGCUUAUUUGUUGAUUAAAAUUGAGGUUACAGUUACAAUAAAUAAUCACAACUUUCAAGACAUUAUUCACGUAUUAUAGUUUGAUACUUUUAUUUUUCACCACACCAUCCCGAGACUUUUUUUUUCAUCAUACAAACUUUUAAUUCUUGAACAUUCUUAAGAAACUAGAUUAAGAAUGUAGAGUUUAAAAAGUGUAAUAGGCCUAAUACUAAUGUCCUAUGACAAGUAUAAGUGUAAUUAUACAAUCCUGUUUUAUAAAUUUGAGUUCUUGGGAAAAUUUUAUUUAUUAAAAAAGGAAACAAGAAAAUGGAUAAAAUAUUUAUGAUAAAUAAGUUAAAACACGGUGUUGUUUAUUAGACAGAUUUGGUUUUGGGUGUUUUAACAUACUGCAAGUCCGUAUUUAAAGAAGAUAGUAAGAAAGAUAACUACUCUUAAGAAACUGGAAAGAAUCAAAUUAUCUAAAUAACAAGUAUUUGAAAACAUAUUAACCGUACUAUUUUUUAUUUAUUUUAUCACUAGAUAGUGUUAAAAUGUGACUCCUAAGUAGCAACCUAAUGAAGACGUACUAAACAUCCUUUGUUUCUAAGCCUCACUUUUAAUUGUGUAUUGAAGUGUAACUAUCCACUGAUUUAAAGUCCUCCCGUUUUGUUGUUUUUUGUGAAAGUUAUAUAUGACCACUGGUCUAUGUGUUUGUAUUGUAUAUAAUAUUUUUACUUGGAAUAAAAUGUUUCAGAGAAAUUCGGUGUAUUAAGAAUUCAGUCUUUAACAGAACAAGCGUUAGUCUCAGUGGCUUGCAUUUCGUUUUAUAAUCUUUCGAAGGAUGAUUAAUUUAUUCACCAAUUAUAUGUCUGAAAGUUUGUAUUCUUCA